AUGAGCAAAAAUGAUGAAGAUGGACUCGGUCCGAGUGAGCAUUUCCACUCGUUCUUCAUAUUAAAUAAUAACAGUGUCCGAAAAGUCAAAAACAUAUCUUCGAAAAUGGUGAAACACAACAAGAGCACCAAAAUCAGCCAUACCAAACAGAAACGUUUCUCAAAAAUUAUUUCCCAUCAUCAAUCCCUUGAAGACCAUCCAGCAACCAGUGCUGCAAACUUCGCCCUGCGAAAAGCACAGAUAAUUCAUAUCAUCGAUAUCCUUCGAAUGGUCAUGCGUCGUCAUGCGGAUGAUAAACAAAUUCAAGAGGAUAAUCGGAAAAGAAUCGCACUGAUGUUUAAUUCACUUGUGGAGGUUCAGAAACAGUACCGGAGAUGGCGUAAAGCCGAACAACUGAUGCAACGUACCGUAGAAAUCAGCGAGGAGAUUAACACAUCGAUCGAUGAUAAUUGGGACGAGCUUGUCUGCGAAUUUUACGAGUUCAGUCAACAGAAUAUGCAGCGACUUGGUAAAGCACUUGAUUUGCUUGAGAGAAGGAUUGUUGUUGACCUUGUCAGAUAA